GCCUACGGGCUGUUGUUCCGGGAGCGAGGAGGCCGAGUGCCUGAGGAUUUUUUUUGCUGCCCAGUCCGCGGACAGCGAGUGCCGAGACCCCUUUGCCCGGGCUCCCAGCGUGCAGCCCGCGCUGGUUGGUGCUGAAGAAAUGUCGUUUCCACCACACAUGAAUCGCCCUCCUUUGGGAAUACCUCCACUACCGCCGGGUAUUCCUCCUCCACAGUUUGCAGGAUUUCCUCCUUCUGUGCCACCUGGGGCACCUGUGAUUCCUGUACCAAUGGGAAUAAUGACACCUGCCACAACUGUCUCCAUGCUGUACACCAUGAACCGUUGCCCAACAGAGGGCAAACAGUGUUUUACACAGGUUCUGGUACCAACCUCUGUACCCAUGGUUGGAAAGCAUAUUGGACCAAGGAAAGACCAUUCUAGUCAGAGGAGCCGUGAUAGUGAUGAAAACAGUGGUCCAACUACAACGGUGUUCGUUGGCAAUAUCUCCGAGAAAGCUUCAGAUAUGCUAAUCAGGCAGUUGCUUGCAAAAUGCGGCUUGGUUUUAAGCUGGAAGAGAGUGCAAGGAGCUUCAGGAAAGUUGCAAGCAUUUGGUUUUUGCGAAUACAAAGAACCCGAAUCCACACUACGUGCUUUAAGGUUAUUGCAUGAGCUUCAAGUGGGAGACAAGAAACUACUUGUAAAAGUGGAUGCGAAGACCAAAGCCCAACUGGACGAGUGGAAGGCCAAAAAAAAGGGAGUCAAUGGGGAUACAAAAACGGAGGAUUCGUCAGAUGAUGUUGUAGAUGAGGAUACCAAGAGAAGAGAUCAGAUUGUGAAAGGAGCAAUUGAAGGACUAAUAAGAGAGUACUCCAGCGAAUUAAAUGCACCUUCUCAAGAUCAAGAUGCACAUCCUAAAAAGAAGAAAAAGGAAAAGAAAGAGGAGGAUGACAUAAGUGCAAUGGAGAUGGAAGAGGAUAAAAGAGACCUAAUUUCUCGAGAAAUUAGCAAAUUCAGAGAUACUCACAAGAAGCUAGAAGAAGAAAAGGGAAGAAGGGAAAAAGAAAGACAAGAAGUUGAAAAAGAAAGAAGAGACCGAGAAAAAGAACGUGAACGCGAAAGAGAAAGGCGCGAGAGAGAGAAAGAACGUGAGAAAGAAAAGGAGAGGGAGCGAGAACGUGAACGUGAACGUGAAAGAGAGAGAGAGCGUGAACGGGAAAGAGAGCGGGAACGAGAUAGAGACCGUGACCGUGACCGUGAUCGUGAUCGUGAAAGAACUAAGGACAAGGAAAGGGAGCGAGACCGCGAAAGAGAGCGAGAACGGGAUAAAGAAAGAGAAAGAAGCCGGGAUCGGGAAAGAAGCAAGGAUCGUAGUAGAUCUAGAGAGAAAAGUCGAGAAAAGGAGAAGAAAAGGGACCGAGAAGAAGAUGAGGAAGAAAUGUAUGAACGUCGGAAACUCGAACGGAAGCUUCGUGAGAAGGAGAACGCUUACCAAGAGCGUCUUAAAAAUUGGGAAAUAAGGGAGCGGAAGAAAGCAAGAGACUAUGAGAAAGAAGCUGAACGGGAGGAAGAAAGAAGGCGAGAAAUGGCAAAAGAAGCAAAAAGACUGAAAGAGUUUUUGGAAGAUUAUGAUGAUGACAGAGAUGAUCCAAAGUAUUACAGAGGGAGCGCUUUGCAGAAGCGUCUGAGAGAUCGAGAAAAAGAAAUAGAAGCUGAUGAAAGGGAUCGCAAACGAGAGAAGGAGGAGCACGAGGAGAUUCGGCAGCGUUUGCUGGCAGAAGGGCAUCCUGACCCAGAUGCAGAGCUUCAGAGGAUGGAGCAGGAAGCAGAACGGCGGCGGCAGCAACCAAUCAAGCAGGAGCCAGAAUCGGAAGAGGAGGAGGAGGAGGAGGAGAAGCCGGAGAAAGAGGAACGACGAGAAGAGGAGGAGGAAGAGCCAGAACAGAAACCCUGCCUUAAGCCCACAUUGCGUCCAAUUUGUUCUGUCCCUUCUGUUUCAUCAGCAAGUGGUAAUGCUACACCCAAUACACCAGCAGACGAGUCUCCCUGUGGCAUUAUCAUUCCACAUGAGAACUCUCCAGACCAACAGCAAGAGGAGCAGCGGCCUAAAAUAGGCCUGAGUCUCAAAUUAGGUGGCUCCAAUAGUCCAAGUCAGACAAUUUCAGUCAAAAGAAAGAAACUUCCAGUAGAUAGUGUUUUCAAUAAGUUUGACGACGAAGACAGUGAUGAAGUUCCUCGUAAGCGGAAACUUGUCCCAUUGGAUUAUUCAGAGGAUGAGAAAGGUGCCUCUAAAGGAAAUGUAAAUACAGAAGAAAAACGGAAACAUAUAAAAAAUCUAAUUGAGAAAAUCCCAACAGCUAAACCAGAGCUCUUUGCGUAUCCUCUUGACUGGUCGAUUGUGGACACGAACUUAAUGGACCGACGCAUUAGACCAUGGAUCAAUAAAAAAAUAAUAGAAUACAUUGGUGAAGAAGAAGCAACACUAGUUGACUUUGUUUGUUCAAAGGUCAUGGCACACAGUUCACCACAGAGCAUUUUAGAUGAUGUAGCCAUGGUACUGGAUGAAGAAGCAGAAGUCUUCAUAGUGAAGAUGUGGAGGUUAUUAAUAUAUGAAACGGAGGCUAAAAAGAUAGGACUUGUUAAAUAGAUUGUAAUUCUUAUGCAUAGGAAUAUGUCUUUUGGAAACAUUUCUUCCAUUCUUCAAAAUUGUAACUUUCAUCUGUUUUCAGAGGCACUUGUGAAGCUUGUAUUUUUUAUUUUAGAGAUAAUGUGAAGUCCUGUCUCUUUCCUUUGGUUUGUCAUCUCCCUAAAUCAUCCCUCUUUGUUUCACUGAGAUAAAUGACUGGUUAUUUUUUAUAAAUUGAAUGCUUCUGCGUAUUUUCAUCACCAACACACUGAUUUCUGUUCUCUCGGUGUUACAUUUAUGGAAGGUUGUGCUGUAUUGAUGCAAGAAAUUUGCACUUGAUAUCCAGGUUGUUCCUGUGAUAUUGGAGGAGCAGGUUAGAAUUAAGAUGUUUAUACAUUUAUUGUUUGGAAACUAGUAAUUCAUGAGAGAAAAAUACUUUGAAAGAUGCAGAAAUGGUUUUCUCAUCAACACUCUUAAAAAUAUUUUAAAUGUUGCAUUUAAAAUGUUUGCAUUUUCCAACAGGCGACAGAAUAGGGUUUAAAUGGCUUUGAAAUAAAUAAACAGGUUUGCCAAUGUCUUAGUUGACUUUUUAAAGAGAUCUGUAUCCCCUUUAGUUGCCAAAAUAGGUUUAAUUUAAAAUGUGUUUUGAAAUCAAACCUUCAUAAAGUUUUACAUUUACCUUUUUUUAUGUAGCCAAAAUCGUCUGUGAUGAGAAUACAAGGAGCAAGCUAUUGUUUUGUCAGCCUCGUACAAUUACUUUGGGGUGAAGUUUUAAUAAACUAAAUGACCUUUGUUUGUAAA